AUGACGAAAAAACAUAAAUCAAUUAGUUCAUCGAAAGCUCUUCUCAUAUUCUCCAUUGUGUUCACAUGCAUCACAGUAACUAUUGCUGUUCUCACUGUUUAUUUCACUGUUCCAAAACCAAAUCAUACUUGUCAAAUGACAUUUCGACAAACAAUCAAAAGCUCAAUUGUUCAUAGUUCUCAUCCAAAAUCCAUCGCACUUGCUGACCUCAACAACGACGAACAAAUUGAUAUUGUUGUUGCAAAUCCUGGCACAAAUACAAUUGGUGUUUUCCUCGCGUUCGACAAUGAAACGUUUGCCAGUCAGCAAACAUAUUCAACUGGAAUAUCAUCUCACCCACAAUCGGUGCUUCUCAAUCAUUUUAAUCAUGAUCAGUAUUUAGAUAUUGCUGUUGCAAACUAUGGUACGAAUAGCAUUGGUGUUUUCUUCGCUUGUGUUAAUGAAACAUUUCAGAAUCAAAUAUCAAUUUCUACCAAAGCAUUUCGUCCUUGGUUUCUUGUAGCGGAUGAUUUUAAUAAAGAUAAUUAUACUGACUUAAUUAUUCUCUUUCCUAGCACUGAUAAUCUGGGCAUUUUUAUGGGUAAGAAAAAUGGGUUAUUUGAAGAUCUAGAACUUUAUUCGACUGGUUAUGAUUCUCAUCCAUACUCGUUGACUCUCGGAGACUUGAAUCGCGAUUCAUAUGUCGAUAUGGUUGUUGUAACCAAUGGUACGAAUAAUGUUGAAAUCUUCUAUAAUGACGGAAGUGGAAAAUUUCAAAAUGCUAUUCUUUACUCGACAGGGCGUAGUUCUAAUGCAACAUCUGUUGUUGUUGGGGAUUUGAAUAAUGAUCAGUAUUUGGAUAUCAUUGUUGCGAAUUACAAUCACCAAAACAUUGGUAUUUUUCUUAAUCUUGGAAAUGGGAUGUUUGCGCAACAGAUGACACAUAAACUGGCAACGAACUCAUUUCCCCAAUUUGUGAAUGUUGGUUAUUUUAAUCAGGACAAUGAUUUAGAUGUUGUUGUUGUUGAUUCUCUCAAUAGCCAAAUACACAUUUUGUUAGGCCACGGAAACGGAAGUUUGUCGGCGUCGAUAGUGUAUGAUUUGAUUAGUAAAUCCAAUCCAUUAUUCAUUGCUGUUUAUGAUUUUGAUCGUGACAAUCGUUCUGACCUAGUUGUUGCGAAUUCUGAUGGCAACAAUAUUUUGAUGUUGAAUGGCUUUUCUAGUGAACCAUCGGCAAGACAAACGACUUACUUGAUCGACGAAAGUGCGCGUCCGUCAUCUCUUGUUGUUUAUGAUUUCAAUCGUGACAAUCAAUUGGAUAUCGUGGUUAACAAUUUUGGUGGAAAUUCAAUAGUGAUUUUCUAUGGUACUGAUGCUGGAAGUUUCGUUCAAGGCGAUUCGUAUUCAACUGGCGAGAAUUCUUCUCCGAGACAAAUUACAACUGGUGAUUUUAACAAUGACAAUCGAAUGGAUAUUCUUAUCGCUUGUCCAGGCAGUGGUAAUGUUGGGGUUUUUCUCGGACAAGAAAAUGGAACAUUCGCACCGAUGGUUCCCUAUUGGAUUGGUAAUGGAUCGAGUCCGUGGUUUGUAACUACUCAUGAUUUGAACAAUGAUACUUAUAUAGAUUUAGUUGCCUCAAACAAAGGUGUGAAGACAAUCACGAUCUGGUUUGGAUUAGGCAAUGGAUCCUUUACUAAUAUGACAACUUAUUCGACGGGAAAUCAUUCGAUACCGAAAGCGAUUGUCGUCGCCGAUGUCAACAAUGAUAAUCAUCUAGAUCUUAUCUUUGCAAAUCAAAUAUCCGAUAGACCCGGCGUUUUCUUGGGGUAUAGUAAUGGAAGUUUCGAGUUAAUAACCACGUUUGUAACGGAAAUCGAUGAAGAUGGUUUUAUGCUUGUUCUCGCUGAUUUCAAUCGAGAUAAUUAUUUAGAUUGUGCUAUUUCAUACAUCAAUUCUGCAAUCAUUGGCAUUUUUUUCGGCUUUGGAAAUGGAACAUUCAGAGACAGGGUUAUUUAUUCCACUACAGCUAUUGGUCAACCGUAUUACAUCACUACGACGGACUUUAAUCAAGACAAUUACCUUGACAUCGCUGUAGCAAUCUUUAGUGCAAGUGAAGUAAUUAUCUAUUUCGGCGAUGGCCAAGGUGAUUUCAAAAUUGGAAGACGAUAUUCCACUGACUACGGUUCAAAUCUGUACGCACUUGCGGUCGUUGAUCUGAAUUCUGAUAAUCAAUUGGAAAUGGUUGCCACCUAUUGGGGUACGGGCUAUGUUGGAGUAUUAACGCCGUAUAAUGCAGCGAGAUUUUCAAAUCAAUCGACGUAUUCGACAGGUUCGGCUCCAUAUCCAUAUUCAUUAGCCAUGGCUGAUUUUAACAACGACAAUCAGUUAGAUGUAGUGGUCGCAAAUUCUGGUACGGAUGACUUAACGAUACUUUUUGGCUCAUCGAAUAAUGACACAUUUAGAGAUGCAAUAACUUAUCUGAUGGGAAGCGAUUCCAAUCCACAAUACGUGAUUACGGGUGAUGUGAACAAAGACAAUCAUUCGGAUAUUGUUGUUCUCAACUCGAAAAGUAAUACGUUGAAUUUAAUUUAUGGAUAUGGCAAUGGUUCAUUUGCUGACCAAAUGGUUUACUCAACAGGAGAUGACUCACGUCCAUUUUCUUUGGUGAUGAAUGAUAUAAAUAAUGACGGUCGAAAUGAUUUCAUUGUUGCCAACGAAAUGGCAAAUACUAUUGACAUGUUUCUUGGCUUCGAUUAUACAACUUUUGAAAAAGCAAAUUCGUAUUCGAUUGAAAAUUCUACGGAUCCGACUAGUAUUGCUGUUAACGAUUUCAACAAUGAUAAUCAAAGUGAUAUGGCUAUUGUUUUUCCUACGAACUGCACUUUAGUUAUUCUCUUGGGACAAGGUAAUGGAAGUUUCGUUAUUUCAACAAUCUAUUCCACAGGCGAGAACUCAAAUCCAAUCAUGGUACUUGCAGAUAACGUGAACGAUGAUAAUCCAAUUGAUCUGAUUGUUGCUAAUCGUGAUUCGGAUGAUGUUAUUGUUUUUCUUGGACAUAGCAACGGAACAUUUCUUCCCAUGAUAACUUCGCCCAUAGGAAAACAUUCUACUCCGUGUGGCAUCGCUCUUGCUGAUUUUAAUGCCGAUGGCAUCCAAGAUAUUGUUUCAGCUAAUUAUGGUACUAAUAGUAUAAGUAUUUUGAUUGGAUUUGCUAAUGGAAGCUUUUCACUGAUAUAUACAUAUGCAACCGGUGAUUUUUCCGGUCCAAAAGCAGUGGCAACGGGUGAUUUAAACAACGAUGGUCUUAUUGAUAUUGUCGUCGCUCAUUAUGACGCAAAUACUAUCGGCAUUUUUCUUGCAAAUGGAAAGGCAAGUUUUGUAACACAAAUUGUCUACACUGUUUGUUAUGAAUGUUGGCCCAAUUGGGUGACAAUCAAUGAUUUCAAUAAAGAUAACAAAUCGGACAUCGCUGUCGCUACAUUCAAUAAUGAAUAUAUUAGUGUUUAUCUCGGUUAUGGUAAUUCUAGUUUUGCUAAUGCGAUGCAGUACUCUACUGGCGACGGUUCUGCUCCUAUAUAUCAUACGAUUGGUGAUUUUAAUCAGGAUGGGGCAUUGGAUAUUGUUGUUGCAAAUAGUGGCAUUGACAAUAUUGUUGUUCUAUUUGGAUUUAGUGAUGGAACAUUCCUUUUAGGUAAAGCAUAUUCAACUGGAACAGGAUCAAUACCACGUGCAAUAGGUAUUGCAGAUUUUAAUCACGACCAGCGACUGGAUAUUGUUGUCGGGAAUUAUCAAUCAGGUGAUAUCCGGAUAUUUCUUGGAGGUGGUCAUGAGCCAUUUGCAGGUAUGAGAAAAUUAAAUACUGGUGAUGAAUCAAGACCACAUUUCCUUGCUGUCGAAGAUUUAAAUCGCGACGGAUGGGUGGAUAUUGUCGUUGCUAAUUAUGGUACCGAUAAUAUUGGCAUUUUCUUUGGAUCUGGCCAUGGAAGCUUCAAUACGAUGAUAACAUAUCCAACUGGAACCAACUCGGGACCGUUUUUAGUUGCGAUUGGAGAUUUCAAUAACGAUAAUCAAUUGGACAUGGUUGUGACCAAUUCCUUCGUGAAUACAAUUGGAAUUUUUCAAGGUAACGUCAAUGGAACAUUCCUUUUGACAUCAACUUAUUUCACCGGAGAUCGAGCAAGUCCACAUACAGUUAUUGUCAAUGAUCUGAACAACGAUCAUCAAUUAGAUAUUAUAGUAGCAAAUUCUGGCACAAGUAAUAUUUUUAUUUUGUAUGGAUUUGGAAAUGGAACAUUUGCAAACGAAAUGUUAUUCCCAUUAGGUUAUCAAUAUCUUCCGUAUUCAAUCGUUAUUAAUGAUCUGAAUAAAGAUGGAUGGAUGGAUAUGGUCAUUGCAUGUUAUCAAACAAACAAUAUCGAAACAUUGGUUAAAAUGUUUGAAGCAUUGCUUCAAUCAGAUCUCACAUGUUUUUAUGAUAAGAUGCGUCUCAACCAACUACAAUCUUAUAUAAGUACUGUUAUAUCAAUCAAUGUCACAUCUCUCAAUACCACAUUAUUAAUUCGCUUUUCCGAAAAAUCGACUGUUGCUGACAUUAUCAAUGAACUCAUGGUGGAAAAAUGGAUUACAUCUAUUUUAUAUGAGAAAUAUUAUAAUGAAUGUGGACCAACAAAAUGUAGCUAUACAUAUGUGACGAAGAACAGUAUUAUUUACAUUGUUACAACGUCAGUGGCGUCUAUUGGUGGAUUGAUAACAAUAUUGAAACUUACUUUAUUAGAAAUUGUCAGCUUUAUUGCUUUUUGCAUUCAUAAAUGGAGUGCAAGGCGUGCUGUAGUUGUUCCAAUGACUUAG